CUCUCCGUCCUCCCUCCACCCUCGCACAUCCACUAGAUAGGCAAAGCAAGAUGGGUCGCAAUUUCUUCGUCGGAGGUAACUUCAAGUUGAACCCGACCACUCGGGCGGCGAAGCAGGCGCUCGUCAAGACUCUCAACGAGGCCACCGUCGACCCCAGCGUUGAGGUCGUCAUCGCGCCUCCUGCACUCUACGUGAUUCCCCUAAGGGCCAGCCUCCGCGCGGACUUCAAAGUCGCCGCGCAGAACUGCUACGAGAAGUCGUCUGGUGCAUUCACCGGCGAGAUCAGCCCCGAGCAGCUUGUCGACGCGGAAAUCUCUCACGUCAUUCUCGGCCACUCCGAACGCCGCACACUUUUCCAUGAGACGUCCGAGCAGGUAGCCGCUAAGACGCGCGCAGCGAUCUCGGCCGGGCUCUCCGUUAUUCUCUGCGUAGGAGAGACGGACAAGGAACGCGAGGCAGGCCAGACGAAGCAGGUCGUCGAGUCGCAGCUCCAGCCUGUUAUCCAGGUUCUCAACGAGGCUGACUGGAGCAAGGUCGUGAUCGCGUACGAGCCCGUCUGGGCGAUCGGCACGGGCAAGGUCGCGACGUCUGCGCAGGCGCAGGAGGCGCACGCGGACAUCCGCGCCUUCCUCUCCAGCCAGGUGUCCCCCUCUGUUGCGGAGAACACCCGCAUCAUCUAUGGUGGCUCUGUCAAUGCUGGCAACUGCAAGGAACUCGCUGCGCAGAAGGAUGUCGACGGUUUCCUCGUCGGCGGCGCGUCGCUUAAGCCCGAGUUCAUCGAUAUCAUCAACGCGAAGAAGGCAUGAGCAUCAUAUCCGGUCUCGGAACAAGCCGAGUGAAUACGAAUGUACUCCUAGCCAAUAUAGACAGGAAGGUUUGUAAGACGUGCAGAAACUAAAAUAAAUGUACUCUUUCCACCCACUGCCAAAGAUGUACGAGACCUAGUGCAAAAUCAUAUGACCGCUACUGUGGAGGCAUCCAUUUGGAGACACU